GACUCUUUGUCGGUUUGUAUCCUGCUUACGUUCUCUCUUAUUAAUAUAAGUCACCUUCUUCCAAAAAAAGCAACGGGCUUCUCAGUUUUAAUCAACCGACAACCGCAGAGUUGCAAACCGCUUUGGCAAGUCUAAGAAGAUUUGCAGUCCCUCACCUUACCACUCGUCCAUAAGGAGAUAACACAGUUUUUAAGAAAGGUGGGCCCCAUCCCGUUUGACCAUGCAACACGGAGGGUGCUCUUCUCAUCAAAACAAUGGUCAAGGCUCUCACACAGCAAUGCAAGUUGGAGUUCAGCCCCUCUCCAAGCCAUCAGACUCGGGACUGUCGGCCAUCACUGAAGGCAAGCAUGGAGCGGCCAUGAAACCCAUUCGGGCCAGCCGUGGCCCCAGACCACGUAUGCAUGUGGGGAAAGUUACCGGACAGCAGGCUGAGAUUCUCCCAGAGGUAGCCCCAACUAAGCGGGUCACCGUUUUCGAGGGCCGACCCCUCAAUGUUCCGGACAGAGCGCGCACCCAACCCGUGGACGUGUCAGAUUCUGAUGAUGACUCUGGCGCUUGGGAGGACCCGAAUUCUUGGUGGGACCUCGACAAUAGCGGGAUAGUGAACCUCCCCCCUUGCGUCCAAGACGAGGACCUUGCCGUGGCACGUAGUCUGAUCGGUGCCGAGUGUUCAUCGAAAAUCCCGGAGGCUACUGAAGUACUGAGUGAUCCCCCGGUCCCUUAUUUUGGGGUCCAUAUCCGCUCUCUGGAGUUAGGGAUGGUUGUGCCUCUGCAUCCUUUUCUGGUUCGAUUUCUUCACUUCCUGGGUGUGGCACCGGGCCAACUGGCUCCGGCGGCUCACAUGUUCGUGGCAGCUUUCGUGGCGCGGUGCGAGGACGUGGGCAUCACUCCCACAAUCGAUUUGUUUUUUAGCUGCUUCCAGUGGCGCGCCUCCAGCUUUUUUGCCUCAGUCUCCCAGAGGCCGGUGAGCAAGCUAUUCCGGUCGGGUUACCCUGACUCAGGUAGCCGAUGGAAGAAGAGGUGGAUCUGGGUGUCUGACCCUACCCUUCCAUCACCUCCUUUCCAGUGGGGUGAGCGGCUCCGGAAGUGUGAUCGGGUCGCCCUUUCCCCUGACCUCAAGUCAUCCAUCGAGGUGUUGUCCGCAGGCGGCCCCCGCUCCAUCAGCUCAUACUUAGAUGUGCCCGAUAGGCCUGAGAAACAUAUCGUCGGUGCCGAAUCCGAUGAUGAUGACGAAGAAGCCCAGCCAUUCAUCGCUCGUGUAGCUCCCACGGCCACCAAGGAAAAAGAGCAUGGAGCUCCCCCAAACCGUGUAGCACAGAUUCCGAGGAGGGUGAGGGUUACCUUUGGGCCUCAGCCUGUCGCACCAGCGAAGAAGAAGCAGAAGAGGGAUAUUGUCGACUUACUGGUCGAAUUGGAUGAGUCUGAUGACGAGGAGGUGGGGCCUCAUGUAGCCGCCGCUCCUGUGCUCCCCCAGGUCGCUGCGGGGAAAGGGCACGGAGCCCCCCCGUGCCGAGAGGGGCAUGUUUUGGAGGGGGCGACUGUCACCCCGGAAUUCCAAUCCACCGGGCAGGUGCAUGAAGAUGCUGGUGAGAGGAUGGCUGAGCGGGUUAGCUGCGACACUCAGCACACAGUUGCUUACACAUUCCCAUCUCCGAGUGCCUCGAUCCUGCACGAGGGCUUCCCGGUUGUGGACUAUGCUUCAGCGAUCUUGCCGCCGGGUGACCUCGCACGUAUGACCUCCCAGGGGUUUCAACCCCUCUUGGAGGGUUCCAUUCGGACCCAUGUUGAUGGACUUGCUAAGACCGUUGGGGCACUUUGGGCAGCCAACCAUUCUCAAGCAAUGCUCCAGCGUGAGGUUGAUGAAAUUAGAGCCGCCCUACAGGCUAGGGAGAAAGCCUUCUCCGAGUUACAACUUUUGCAUGCAAGAGAGCGUGAAGAAGUGGCCAAGAAGGCGAUUCUCGAGUUCAAGGCCUCCGACGAAUUCCAGAAAACCAUAUCUGACAGAGUGGAAGCGAAGGAAUCUGACUUAGUAAAUAAGUGGCUGAAGACUGACGAGGGGGAGUACUGGCACGCUCGUGAAGUUCUGUACGCCUUUCAGAGUGGCAAGUACCUGACACAGCAGAAAUUGUAUGAUCAGUUGGAGGGUCUCGGCCCUGACUUCUAUCCAUCCGUGCUAGGUCUUCCUGCCCGCAUGAAGAAACCUGAGGCUGCAAUAGCCCUCUUGCCCCCAGGAGUCUACCGCCAGGAGGAGGAGUCCGGUAACUCGAACGAAUGGUGCUGGUUCUUUCCAAGACCUUCGGAGGACAUGGUCCCCCUUGCAUCCGGUCAGCAGGAGGGAGCUCAAGAGUCCGGCCAAGACUUGGUUGCCAUGUUAGAUGAGAUUCCCGGGGCCAAUGGUGAUGGGCAUGUCCUGCCAUGACUUUGUAUUUUGCAUUUUCCUUGUCUUCCACUUGUACACGUGUUUUGACUGAAUGUUUAAUUAAUUCACACAUUUCUUUUCAUAUACUUUGCGUUGCGAAUACUUAAGCAAUUUAAUCGGGGAUCCGGCUUCUCUAACUUCCCAGGGGGCGAUUAGGCUGGCGUGGCCAAGCCUAUCCACGCCCCUCCUGGUCAGAUAGAAGUGAUCUGUUCGCUGUUGAUAUGGAAUCAACAAGUAUGCGACUUGUUCGGCCAGCAAGGUCGGACAUUGAACUUACAAGGAGGACACUUAGGUCGGCACCCCGACGUUCGUGACCCUGGGGGUCAGUCCUACUAUCGCCUUGACCCGUCCAGUUCGCCCGGACUUGGGGAGUAAUCUGGUUACUCCCGCGGGUUUAGCCAAACAACAGGGGCGGACCCUGCAUGAUCCACCAGAACGGACCCGCACUGCCAACUCGGAGAUGGCGAGAGUGCGAGCUGCUUGGCCAGCGAUGUCGGGUUGCGAG